CUUCUUUCACACAGAAAUUCCAAUUACCAUUGCAUUUCCAAUUUCAACGUUGUGACACAGAUCCCAAUUCCCAAAUCUUCCUCCUAGUCCAACCUUAAACUCAGUCUUUUCCAUGGCAACGGAAGAACCCACUGUCGUUGUGGAACCCGCACCCGAGCCUGCUGCCACCGAGUCUCCGCCGGAGGAGAAGGAGGAGCCCAAAUCCGAAGCCAAGGCUAAGAAGACCAAGGAACCCAAACCUAAGAAGGUUUCUAGGCCCCGUAAUCCUCCAACUCAUCCUUCAUACGAAGAGAUGAUCAAAGAUGCAAUUACCUCUUUGAAGGAGAAAACUGGUUCCAGCCAGUAUGCCAUUGCGAAGUUCGUUGAGGAGAAGCACAAACAGCUUCCCGCAAACUUCAGGAAGCUUCUUCUAUACCACUUGAAGAAGCUUGUUGCCGCUGGAAAGCUGGUCAAAGUCAAAGGCUCCUUCAAGCUUCCGUCUACCAGGCCUGCCCCUUCUUCCCCGGCCAAGAAGAAGCCAGCAGCUGCUAAGCCCAAGCGUAAGCCCAAGCCCAAGCCUGCUGCCAAGGCCAAAGAUACCAAGACUGCUAAGUCAAAGGCACCUGCUAAGGCAAAACCUGCUGCCAAGCCUAAGGCCAAGGCUCCAGCCAAGUCCAAACCUGCCGCAAAGCCCAAGGCUGCUCCCAAGCCUAAGGCUGCCGCUGCCAAGCCGAAGGUCACUAAGCCAGCCGCUAAGCCCAAGCCAGCAGCAGCCAAGCCCAAAGCUGCUAAGCCUGUUGCAAAGCCCAAGGCUAAGCCUGUGAAGGCUGCCAGGACUUCUACUAGGACUUCACCAGGGAAGAAAGCCCCUGCCGCUAAGCCCGCGCCGAAGAAAGUGGCGGCAGCUGCGAAGAAAGCUCCAGUGAAGAGUGUGAAGCCCAAGAGUGUAAAGUCUCCGGCGAAAAAGACUGCUACCAAAAGAGGGGGUAGGAAGUGAAGAGGUGGUGGUGGAUAGAGUUGUUUAGGGUUAGUGUUGUGAAGUUUAUUGUCCUUUUGGUGGUGUAGUUGGGGUUACAGAUGUUCCUAUAACAUAUGAAAUCGAUUUUAUGAAACCUUUGUUGUUGUUUUUUUUUUUUUUAUAAUUUUUUAGUUUGAAUCCUUUCCAGGUUCGACCUAGGAUUAAUAUAAAGCUUCUAGCUCUAGCUAAAUGAGUUAAUCAUAAAUGUAUCUUAGAGUGAAGUUUCUCUCCAUUACAGUAUCUUUGAUGGAUCAAUGUAGUAUAAGCGCCCUUUCACAUUGCAAUGGAUUAGUAGUUACAUGUUUCUUUGUAUGAAA